AAUCAGUCCGACUUGGCGGGGCUAUAAAAGUGACCUGUUCAAACGGAUUUGCAAAAUAGUCGCUAAAAUCCCUCACAACAUGAAGCUGCUCUCGAUCGCAUUUCUUUUGGGUCUGUUGACUCUGGCCAGUGCAACUCCUUUGAAUCCUGGCAAUGUCAUCAUCAACGGCGACUGCAGGGUUUGCAAUGUUCGGGGCGAUUAAAAUAUAAAACUGAAGCUCAUUUGCUUAACUGCGCAAAAAUAUGAAAUAAAAUAAGAUCACUUUUUCACUCAUAAA